UACUGGAAGGUCUUCCAUGUUUCCCAUCAAUUUGCCUUUGCCCUAUUCCCCUGGGAGAAGGCACUGGUGUUGGGUAUCUAUGCCCGAUUUCGCAGGUCAAGAGAUCCCCAGCGAUGCAGGUCAAUAAUGUGAGGACUGAGGAUGGCGAGAUGAGGAAAAAGACGGGUGAGAUGAUGGUGAGCCUUGGCCACCGCCCCGAUUCACCGCCGCUGCCGCUACUUCUGGAAGUCGACCACCUGCUGGAGGAGAUCCUCCUCCGCCUCCACCCACUGCCGUCAUCCCUCCCGCGCGCCUCCCUCGUCUCCCAUCGCUGGCGCCGUCUUGUCUCCGAUCCCGGAUUCUUCCGCCGCUUCCGCCUCCACCACCGCCGGAAUCCUCCACACCUAGGCUUCUUCGAUGUGGAUUCCCGCGACCUCCACUUCGUACCAGCCCUGGAUGCCCCUGAUCGUGUCCCGCCUGGGCGAUUCUCCUUGCAGUUCAACGAAGGUGACAAGUUCCAUCUCCUCGGAUCUCGCCAUGGCCUCGUACUCGUCCUCCAACCACCACGGAAGCAGCUCUUGGUGUGGGAUCCAAUCACUGCUGACCAACACCACAUUAACCUUCCCCCAGGGUUUGCAGGGUUCGCGAUCCAUGGAGCAGUACUUCGCGAUGCCGUAGAUGCUCAACACUUCCAGGUGGUCUUGGUAGAUGCAGAUGCCAACGACCCUCAUCAUAACCGAGUGCUCGCCUGUGUUUACUCAUCGGAGACCGGCGUAUGGGGUGAUCUCAUCUCGGCACCGCUUCCGAUCAUGGUUCCUUCGAGUAACCGUGUCGUCUUUGUUUAUCCAACCAAGCCGGCUGUGCUGGUUGAGAAUUCCCUUUACUGGAUCCUUGAUGGGGAUUUGGUUGGUAUUCUUGAGUUUGAUUUAGAGAGGAAGAACAUAGCUGUGAUACAGCCGCCAGUAGAUGUGCUUACCAUGAGUAAAUAUCAAUAUACGGUUGUGCGGACUGAGGGUGGUGGGCUUGGUUUCCUCUUUGUGUCAAGAUCACAAUACAACGCACAAUUAUGGAAAAGGAAGACCAAUCUCGAUGGUGUUGCGUCCUGGGUGCUGGAAAGAACUAUUGAACUGGAGAAACUACUUUCCCUGAAUUCUGGGGCAAGAGUGAACCUGUGCGUAAGAGGGUUUGCUGAGGACAAUAAUGUGCUCUUCCUGGGGACACCUAUUGGCGUAUUCAUGAUCCAUAUUGAGUCAUUGCAGUUCAAGAAACUUCCGGACCACACGUUGGUUUCUUGCAAUCAUUCAUUUGAAAGUGUCUAUGCAGCAGGUACCUGAGUUGCAUUGGGGUGGCUAAGACGCAGAGAGAGUUUUUGGGUGUAGUUUCUUCCAUUCAUAUGCUGGACGCGUAGGUUGACCUCAAUGUAGCAUGCGCCGGUGAGCUAUGAAGUGUAGCUGUAGGAAUUAUUAAUCCUUAAAUGUGCUAACUUCCUAUUGUUAUCCGAUUUCCGAAGUCAUUCCCAUCUGUCAUGAAGGUUGAAUGCACCUGCCUUGGUCUAACGAUUCAACCAUGUUCCUAUAUGGCUUUCUCUGUUCUGUCCAUGAAUAUGAAUAUAUAGGUCCUCCUUGAACGUUUUCGUUUUCUUCUCCUUGAACCGUUGGAAACAGUCUGGCUGAUUGUAUAUUGAAUCUGCCAUGGGAUCAAGUAA